AUGGCGCUGCCCAAACGGAUUGUCAAGGAGACCGAGCGUCUGAUGACGGAGCCCGUCCCCGGCAUCAGUGCUGUACCCCACGACGACAACCUGCGAUAUUUCGACGUCGAGAUCCAUGGCCCGUCGGGCUCCCCGUAUGAGGGUGGCAAAUUCAAGCUGGAGCUCUUCCUGACAGACGACUACCCCAUGGUGCCGCCCAAAAUCCGCUUCCUCACCAAGAUCUACCACCCGAACGUCGACAAGCUCGGCCGCAUCUGUCUCGACGUGCUAAAGAACAACUGGUCCCCUGCCCUGCAGAUCCGGACUAUCCUGCUCUCGAUCCAGGCCCUGCUCGGCGCUCCCAACCCGGACGACCCGCUGGCGGCGGAUGUGGCCAAGAGCUGGAAGGAGGACGAGAACAAGGCCAUCGAGACGGCCAAGGAGUGGACCAAGACGUACGCCAUGUCUGGCUAG